UUUGUUCAAAACGGUUUUGAGCGCUGUAUUAUCGAAUGACUUUUAUAUACACAGUGAGGAAGUCAAGUCGCAGCGCGACCGGAAGUAGAUGGUAGGCAAAGAUGGCGGCGUUGAUGGUUCCCCGCCUUCCCGCCCUUGGCUCUUUUAAUCUAAGGGCCAUUUCAUCGUUUUCUGCUCAUAAAAAGGUUUCUCUGACAGACAAAAAGGAUGAAAACACCUCAAGUCUGGUCCCGUUCAGAGAGAAAAGCACAGCUCUGGCACCAAAACCAGCUUCAGCGGUCAGCAGCAAGGGUGAAUACAUCAUCACCAAGCUGGACGAUCUGGUCAACUGGGCACGCAGAAGCUCUUUAUGGCCUAUGACCUUUGGCCUGGCGUGUUGUGCUGUGGAGAUGAUGCACAUGGCCGCUCCUCGUUAUGACAUGGAUCGGUUUGGUGUCGUGUUCAGAGCCAGUCCCAGACAGGCCGAUGUUAUGAUAGUCGCAGGGACGCUAACCAACAAAAUGGCUCCUGCGUUGCGGAAGGUGUAUGACCAAAUGCCAGAACCCAGAUACGUCAUUUCCAUGGGAAGUUGUGCUAAUGGCGGUGGCUACUAUCACUACUCUUAUUCGGUGGUCCGAGGUUGUGAUCGCAUUGUUCCAGUGGACAUCUAUGUCCCAGGUUGUCCUCCAACAGCAGAGGCUCUGCUUUAUGGAACGCUGCAGUUACAGAAGAAGAUCAAGAGAGAAAAGAAGAUAAGAAUUUGGUAUCGCAAGUGAGGUGUGAUUGUGUUUGUUUGUCUGCUCUGAGAUGUUUAUUUAAUACUGGUCAUUUGUUGUGCUCAGAAGGCUGAUUUCUCAGGAGCUGCUCUGGUUUGAGCUCAAGCUCCUCCUCUUUGUAGCUACAAUAAAGACUUUCUGCUUCA